CUCAAAUUUUGUCUUCUCCUUCGCAAAACACCAAUGGGUUAUUGGCGAAAAUAGUUUAAGAGAAAAAGUACCGAAAUUUCAGCGUUAUUAAGGAUUCAGCAACAGAUAAAAUCUGGAUUUUUUUUGUUUCUCUCUCUCCCUGUCUCUCUCUCUCUCCCUGUCUCUCUCUCUCCUUGUCUCUCUUUUGACUUUUCGUAUCUUCAACUUUUGAGAAAAUGGUCGCAUUUGGAAAAAAGCUCAAAGAACGAAGCAUUGAAGAAUGGCAAGAAUAUUACAUCAAUUACAAAUUGAUGAAGAAGAAAGUGAAGCAAUACGGUCCACAAAUGGAAGUAGGAAGCCUGGAUCGUCGCCAUGUUCUUAAAGAUUUCUCAAGGAUGUUGGAUCAUCAGAUCGAGAAAAUCGCUCUGUUCAUGUUGGAGCAACAAGGUUUGCUUUCAAGUAGGUUACAGAAACUAAGGGAACGUCAUGAUGCACUUCAAGAUGAGCCUGACAUAUCUCAGAUAUCUAAUCUAAGAGAGGCUUAUAGAUCCGUGGGACAAGAUCUUCUCAAGCUUCUGUUUUUCAUCGAUAUGAAUGCUAUUGGUAUCCGCAAGAUACUCAAGAAAUUUGAUAAAAGAUUCGGUUAUAGAUUCACAAACUAUUAUGUCAAGACUCGCGCUGAUCAUCCUUACUCUCAGCUUCAGCAAGUGUUUAGACAUGUGGAUCCUGUGGUGGAUUCAAUUAAGAAUGCAGUGGACAGGCUAACACAUUCGACGAACUUCCUUAAUUUCAUGGCUCAGCAUGCUUUAAUCAUACAAGACGAAGAAGACCUACUGAUUACUCCAGGCGAGCAAGCGGAUCAAGAAGAAGGGAGAUAUCACUUCAUGUCUCUCUUGUUAAACUUGGCCAACACGUUUCUCUAUAUGGUCAACACGUAUAUCAUUGUCCCUACAGCAGAUGAUUACUCCAUGAGCCUUGGAGCAGCAGCAACUGUUUGUGGUGUUGUGAUUGGUGCUAUGGCUGUUGCUCAGCUCUUCUCUUCGGUUUACUUCAGCGCCUGGUCCAACAAAUCUUACUUCAAACCGCUUAUAUUCAGUAGCAUUGUUCUUUUCUUUGGGAACCUCUUAUAUGCUUUAGCUUAUGACUCCAAUUCAUUAGCUCUUAUCUUGAUUGGCCGGCUUUUCUGUGGAUUUGGUUCGGCUAGAGCAGUGAACCGGAGAUAUAUAAGCGAUUGUGUUCCGUUGAAAAUCCGAAUGCAAGCUUCAGCUGGUUUUGUUAGCGCAAGUGCUUUAGGAAUGGCGUGUGGUCCUGCUCUUGCCGGUUUAUUGCAAACCAAUUUCAAGAUCUACAAUGUUACCUUUAACCAAGAUACAUUACCCGGUUGGGUUAUGGCUAUUGCUUGGCUUGUGUACUUGGUCUGGUUAGCUAUUUCGUUUCGUGAACCGGCACGUGAACCUGAAGAGAUUCAUACUUCACACUCUGCUGAUCAAAAUGGAAAAAUGGAGAAAGGUCUUCAAAAGCCGCUUUUACUUGCAUCAGAAGUAACAGAACAUGAUGAUGAAGAUGACUGCGAUGGAAGCGAAGAAUCUGCUGAGGAUUCUCGUAAACCCGCAAACUCCAUUGUAGAUGCUUACAAACUACUCACUCCUUCAGUGAAGGUUCAAUUGUUGAUAUACUUCAUGCUUAAGUACGCAAUGGAGAUUCUUCUAUCAGAAUCAAGUGUGGUUACCACAUACUACUUCGGUUGGUCCAUGAGUUCGGUUUCCAUCUUCUUGUUCUGUCUCGGUCUAACUGUUUUACCGGUUAACCUCGUUGUUGGAAGCUACAUCAGCAAUAUGUUCCAAGAUCGGCAAAUUCUGUUGGCAUCAGAGAUUAUGGUCUGCAUUGGAAUACUUCUGAGCUUCCAUGUAGUAAUCCCUUACACUGUGCCACAAUACGUUUUCUCCGGAUUUAUCAUGUUUGUUUCUGCUGAAGUUCUUGAAGGUGUGAACUUAUCGUUACUAUCGAGAGUGAUGUCGUCGAGGCUGUCACGUGGGACAUACAACGGAGGGUUACUGUCGACGGAGGCUGGGACGAUCGCACGUGUGAUAGCUGAUGCGACGAUCACUCUUGCUGGUUUCUUGGGACAGAGUAUGCUUUUGAAUGUUACUCUGCUUCCUUCUUUGGUCAUCUGUGUUGGGUCUAUUGUUGCUACUUGUUUUACUUAUAACUCCCUGUAUUAAUGCUUCUUUCAUAGUUCUACCCAUAGAAAUCCAGCCUUUACAAUUAAACCCACUCCUAAAGUCCUGAGGGUUUUUCUGAUCGUUUCUCUUUUCUUUUUUGGCUUUUACUUUCAUCUCUUAGUAAAACUUUUUCUGUUUACUUUUGUUCAUUUUAGAUCCAUUAAUGAAAAAUAUUUUUGGUGUUCAUGGUUGUACUACUUCUUUUUAUGUAUGUUUAUAGAUGUAAAUUAACAAAUUUGAAUUUAACAAACAAA